AUGCGGCUGUCCACUCCCGCCCUCGUCCUGGGCGCCGCUUCGUCGGUCUCAUGCUUCCAGAAUCAAAAGGUGCUCGGUGGCGACUCGUCCAGGGCGGCCGGCAACGUCAAGAACUGGAAGGGCUCCCACGCCCAUCUCGACUUUGACUCGUGGGCCAAGCCGUUGAAGCAUGUCUUCGGCGACGUCACCAAGGAGGCCAAGGCUCUCUGGGAGGAGGUGGCCAUGGUCGCGCCCGAGGCCGUCGAGGCCUUCAAGAAGCAGUCGAUGGGCCCCAAGGCCAAGAAGCACUCGCGCAUCGCCGACGACAAGUGGGAUCACGUCGUCAAGGGCGCCGACGUCGAGGCCCUGCGGGUGAUGGGCGCCGACGGCGAGAGCCGGCGCAAGAUCGGCGGCAAGCUCGACAACUACAGCCUGCGCGCCAAAAAGGUUGACCCCUCCAAGCUCGGCGUCGACAAGGUGAAGCAGUACAGCGGCUACCUCGACGACGACGAGCAGGACAAGCACCUGUUCUACUGGUUCUUCGAGUCUCGCAACGACCCGGCCAACGACCCCGUCGUCCUCUGGCUCAACGGCGGUCCCGGCUGCUCCUCCCUCACCGGCCUCUUCCUCGAGCUCGGCCCGGCGACAAUCAACAAGAAGAUCGAGGUGGUGCACAACCCGCACUCGUGGAACGCCAACGCGUCCGUCAUCUUCCUCGACCAGCCCGUCAACGUCGGCUUCUCGUACGGCGGCGGAUCCGUCAGCAACACGGUGGCGGCCGGCAAGGACGUCUACGCCCUCCUGACUCUCUUCUUCCACCAGUUCCCUGAGUACGCGAAGCAGGACUUCCACAUGGCCGGCGAGUCGUACGGCGGCCACUACGUGCCCGUCUUCUCGGCCGAGAUCCUGUCGCACAAGGACCGCAACAUCAACCUCAAGAGCAUCCUCGUCGGCAACGGCCUGACCGACGGCUUCACCCAGUACGAGUACUACCGCCCCAUGGCCUGCGGCGAGGGCGGCUACCCCGCCGUCGUGAGCGAGAGCGAGUGCCUGGCCAUGGACAAGGCGCUGCCCCGCUGCCAGUCGAUGAUCAAGUCGUGCUACGAGUCGGAGAGCGUGUGGACGUGCGUGCCCGCCAGCAUCUACUGCAACAGCGCCAUCAUGGGCCCCUACCAGCGCACAGGCCGCAACGUGUACGACGUGCGGGCCGACUGCGAGGACGACGGCAACCUCUGCUACUCGGCCCUCGGCUGGAUCUCGGAGUGGCUGAACCGGCCCGAGGUCAUGGAGGCGCUCGGCGUCGAGGUCAGCAGCUACGACAGCUGCAACUUUGACAUCAACCGCAACUUCCUGAUGCAGGGCGACUGGAUGAAGCCCUACUUCCGCGUCGUGCCCAAGCUUCUCGAGCAGCUGCCCGUCCUCAUCUACGCCGGCGACGCCGACUUCAUCUGCAACUGGCUCGGCAACCGCGCCUGGACCAACGCACUCGAGUGGCCCGGCCAGAAGGCCUUUUCCGAGGCGACGACGCACAAGCUCCAGAUGAGCUCGGGCAAGGGCAGCAAGGCCUACGGCAAGGUCAAGACGGCCAACAACCUCACCUUUAUGCAGAUUUUCCAGGCCGGUCACAUGACGCCCAUGGACCAACCCGAGGCCUCGCUCGACUUUUUCAACCGCUGGCUCGGUGGAGAGUGGACGGUAUGA